AUGAUGCGGAAUAUCGACGGAUUUUUGGGGGCCGAGCUGAAGAAGUUGGCAAGUCAGAUCGGGGAAGCGAUCACGAGCGAGAUCAGUGAGCUCCGAGUCUCAGACUUCCACUUCCUCUACUUCAACCCCUCUUCCCUAUCCCUACGUACUUCCUUCAACCAGUCCCCCUUGAUCGGGAUGAGUUCAUUGGGGCUAAACCCAAGUGCCAGCCAGCUCCUCCCUCCCGUCCCGCAACAAGUCUAUAGAAUCGUGUGCGAGACGUACGACCGGCUCUUGGAUUCGUCGGAAGAUUUUGGAGAGUGUAUCGUCAAGGAUAGUGCGGAUUGGUGGAUUGUCAUCAAGAAGGUCAACGACCGGAUCCUCAUCAUCCUCCUCCCGCCUUCUGCCAACCUGCCCACGCUGCAAGACGCGUAUAUGCGUGUCAGCGAGAUCAUUAAGUCACGAUUUCAGGGAAUCUUCUUGCUG